AUGAAAGCGGUUGACUUUCACAAAUAUCGGUUCAAGGUGUCUAAUAUCUUCAAGACUUUGUUACCAACAUUGAACAAAGGCUUUAGGUCAUACGGAGUAUGUUUGAUUGAGUUUGGUACUUUUAUCGUAUUUGGAAUAUACUGUGGUGGUUAUUUUUACAAUCAGGAUUACCAUGAGGGUAAGUGUUUAUUGGUAUUUCUCGAUGUAUCUCAUAUAUAUCUUCAAUUUAAAGUUUUAUUUUUUUUCCAAAAUUAUAAGUCCAAGUCUAUGAUAAUUUGAUUUUGUUUUUCUAGGAAUGUACAGUAUAGUGGUAUCAGUAAUCUACAUAACCGGAGUUUGGAUUCAUGUUCUUGGAGUACAUUACAAUUCCAGGCACUUGUUACUGAUCCAUUGUUACACUUGCUUUCUUCUGUCAAUAUAUCAGUUAUUUCUUCUGAUUUCGAUCGUGUUACUCGAAUUGUACUUCAACCUACUACUACAACAACCUCACAUACGACGGAUCUUUUUACUGACUGGAAUGCAAAUGACAUGUUCGAUUGUGUUAGGCUUAAUCUUUGGAAUGUCCAGUUAUAUCAGGGCCAGAGAGGUGCGAGACUUCAAGAUGUUCCGGAAGAGAAUAUUGUUUACUCUUACGACGUUCGGUAAGUUAUGCAAGGUAUCUCGUAGUAAGUUACUUAAAGGUACCUUGUAGAAUUAAAAAGUAUUCAAGUUAUCUUGUAGUAGAUUUGUGCCAAAAAUGAAUCAGGCUAUUUACAGUAAUGUAAAUAGCCUGAUUUGGUGCUUUAUUUUCAAGAUUACCGUACUGCUUUGAAAUAGCUAUUGCAAUAUAUUGUACUUUUUAAACUUUAAACCCAAAAGUCUAAAAAUAGAAGUUGCAGAUGCCUACCUGACCUCGUCCAUGAACCACAACCUCCCCAAGUACGCAGUUCGAUAUGCUCAUUGA